GUUAUUGAUGAAACUUUUUAAUAUGUUUUUUUUUACGAAAGGUUUAAAAUUUGAAACAACCAGUAAAAUGACAAAAUUAUAUAAUAAAUAAAUUCAAAGUUUUUAAAAAACUGUCAUUGUUUUUAUUUAUCAUUGCUAAGCUAUCAUUACUUAGUGAAUGUGAUUUCAAAAAGAAGCUGCUUGUUAUUAUUGUUGUGCUGCUUUUUUAUAGUGGUUUUUGAAGGGGGGAUCCAGAUAUUUUGCCAACGCAUUAAAAAAAUUUUUUUCCGUACAAAAUUUUAUUCCAAAAAUGUUGCCUAAAUUGAAAAUUUCCUCAUUUUUAUUAAAGCGUUUGGAGCAAGUUAAACAACAAUGCAGUGGCUGUUUGUUUGGUGUAUUUUAUGCCGAGGGUACUUUGCUUUUGAUGGGCUUUAAUGUUGAGUCCACUAUAGGACAAUUGAAUUAUGAGCAAAUACAACAUAAAUUCCCCGCAGAAUUGGAUUUAUGUGGUCUGGUGAAAUUUGGUCAUUGUACCGAUGCUGAGGCCCAUUUAACAGAGAUAUUCAAAGAUGUUGACAUCACCGAUAAUCCUAUACUAUUGAAUUGUGAACUCGGCACUUUGGUGGGUUUGAAGGCCUCAUUUUUAAUGCAUGGCAAACUGCAGCAGGUGCCCUAUGAAGUUUUAGAGGCAGAGUUUAUUUAUCGCGAUUUUUGUUUUACCCGUUUGAAAUUUAGCUGGACUAUUUAUACCGAAGAUAAUCCGUUGGCGGUGCGCAAGGAAAUGCAUGCUUUGCGCAAAACUAUUUCCGGCGGCAGUUUAGCAUUUAAUAUAGCUCCUUCACAGGUGUAUAUAACUAAUGGUGGUGCCCAAGGUUCGGGUUAUGCGGGUGCUAAAAACUCCAUUAACAAUGAUUCUGUUAUAAGAGAGGUUUUAAGCUCUCUGCAGGAGGCCAUUUACUAUCAGCAGGAAGAUAAGGAAAAUUCGACAGAAAGAAAGAGUAAAAAGUCUACUGCUACAGAUAUACAACUGAAUGCUUUAUUUGGAGCCUUGGGUUGUGAUUAUGAUAUCAUAAAUAUAGAUGUUUUACGCUGCAAGACAAGGGAAUUGACAGAGGCCGAUAGUAGCAAUAAAACCAUGGCCUCCAUGAGCAUGUGCUUAAAGCCGGCAGAACGUAAAUUUAGUAUACCCAUAGAAGUGGAAUCAAUGGCUAUAUUAAGUAAAACUACUAAAGUGGGUAGACUGUAUGACAUAUUAAUUGAGAGUAUUUGUCGUGCUUUGCGUUUGUGUGAGCAGAGCAUUAAUGAGCAUUUGGAGGAAAGUGAAUCAAAGCAAUUAAUGGCACCUCGAAUGUUUAAUUUCUUUCCACAGGAAUUUGGUCAUUUUAUAUCCUGUUGCUAUUUGGAUGGUCUGGCUGAUGACAAUAGUAUAAUGCAGGAAAAACGCAAACGUUUACAUCGUCACUUUGGAUUGAGUGUAACACGACCCUAUUUUAGACGUUCCAAUGCUUGUUUAUUCCGUAACGACAUCAACAACAAUGCUCCACUGCUGAACACUCAUGUGGGCCUUAAGCCAAGUGGUGUUCAAGAUGGUAAACUUUAUCUAGUGCAGGGCAACUAUCAUUAUUAUCAUUAUUUGCAGCAACAAAUGCAGGAUAAGGGUUGGGGUUGUGCCUAUAGAUCUUUGCAGACUAUAUGCUCUUGGUUUUUGCUGCAGGGUUAUACGGAAAGAGCGGUGCCUACGCACUUGGAAAUACAACAAUAUUUGGUUAAAAUUGGUGAUAAACCUCAACAAUUUAAGGGUUCUUCUCAGUGGAUAGGUUCCACUGAGGUGGGCAUGUGUCUGCAGGGUUUUCUUAAUGUAGACUCCAAAAUACAACAUUGUGCCUCCGGUUCGGAGUUAGCUCUCAUCGCUUCCGAUCUGGCUAUGCAUUUUCAGACUCAGGGUACUCCCAUUAUGAUUGGCGGCGGUGUUUUGGCUCAUACUAUUAUUGGUAUUGACUAUUGUGUGCAAUCGGGUCAAGUGAAAUUCCUUAUUUUAGAUCCUCACUAUACCGGAGAGGAUGAUUUGCAUACCAUUCAGGCCAAAGGUUGGUGCGGCUGGAAGGGUAUGGAUUUCUGGGAUAAGAAAAGUUACUAUAAUUUGUGUAUGCCACAAAGACCCAUUAUGUUUUAGUUGUAUGUUAUAAGCGAUUUUCUCCGUUUUGUUUUUUUUACUAAAAUUCAUUUAAGUUGCGUUUUUUAUUGUUAUUUAUUUUGAAAUGUGUGUGUUUCUUUAUGUGUAAAGUUGUUUGCAAAUUUUGGGACUUUAGAUAGUAAUUCUAAUGCUUUGUUUUUAAGAAUUUAUGUUCAAUAUUUAAAAAGGUCUUUAGAGAUUGUAUGAAGUUUUUUUUUAAUAAUUUUGAUAGCACAUUUUUUGUAUUACCAGUAAAAAUAAUAAAAGUAGAAAAGAAAAAGAAUUGACUUUCCUUUC